UGCUUCAAACACUCAGAAAAAAAGACGCAAAGAUCAAGCAUGGGUGUAGAUUCUGCUGUUACCAAGCUUCUGGGCCUAAGCCCCGAAAGUACUUCGAUAUCUUCCGCUGGGGGAGGAGGAUGUAGUUCCGCAUCGACAUAUAAGAUCGCGUACAAGCUUGACGACGGCACGGAGCGACAAUUUUUCAUGAAGACGGGAACAGGGCAGAAUGCGGAGACGAUGUUUCAAGGCGAACAUGCAUCACUUGCUGCAAUACACGCCAUCGUUCCCACACUAUGCCCCAAUUCAUUUGGCUGUGGGAAGUUUGCUUCUCAGCCUUCCACAUACUUCCUUGUCACUGAAUACCUCCAUUUGACUUCUCGUUCUGCCGCCAAAUCAUCCACCUCUUCCCUUGCCGCCAAACUCGCAAAGUUACACACGACGCCGGCACCCAUACCAGACGAUUUUGACAAACCCAUGUUUGGGUUUCCAGUCACCACGUGCUGUGGGGAUACACCACAAGAUAACAGUUUCAAAAGCUCUUGGGCUGACUUUUACGCCAAUAACCGCCUUCGCUUCAUCCUUCAACGCGCUGAGAAAAGAAACGGUGUGGACAAAGACUUUCACUCUCUUGUUGAGACCACGGCUUCAAAAGUGGUACCUCGCCUCCUCGGAGACUCUCAUCUUAAUGGUGGAAAACCGAUUUCUCCCAUUGUGGUGCACGGCGAUCUCUGGAGCGGUAAUGCUGGAGUCGGGCGGAUUGGAACCAAAGACGGCGACGCAGAGGACGUUAUAUACGAUUCCAGCGCAUGCUAUGCGCAUAGCGAAUUCGAGCUCGGAAUCAUGAAGAUGUUCGGAGGGUUCGGUGGAAGCUUUCUCAAGGAAUAUCACGAGCUAUGUCCCAAGACCGAGCCAGUUGACGAGUACGAAGACCGAGUAGCUCUCUACGAGCUCUACCAUCAUUUGAAUCAUUAUGCUAUGUUCGGAGGAAGCUACCGAUCAGGAGCAAUGAGCAUCAUGAGGAAAUUGGUGGCGAAGUAUGGGGAUGGCAAGGGCUGA